AUGAAUUCUUACAAUAAAAUCCUCGAGGAAACAAGAAGCAUGGUUUCUGGCUACAUGUCAGGUCUUGAUCCAUCUCAUGACAUGUACCAUGUUGAUAGAGUCACUACUUUGGCUCGUUGUAUCGCAGCCGAUUUAGCUAAGGAUGUCACUGUAUCUAUCGAUUUAGAAUUGGUCGAGUUGGCUGCACUUUGUCAUGAUGUGGGUGAUCGCAAGUAUUAUCAAGGAAAGGAAACUGGCGGUCAAUUGAUCAAGACAUUUCUGUCUGAUCUUGGUUAUGCAAAAGCAGAUCUUGUUGCCAAUAUUGUAGACCAUGUUGGCUUCAGUAAAGAACUUGGCUGGGACGACGAAAAAGACGAUGCUGCAGAGGUGGAAUGGAGGAAUACCUGUUUAGAGCUGCACGCGGUCCAAGAUGCUGAUAAGCUGGAUGCCAUUGGCGCUUUUGGCGUCUUGCGCUGUGCAGCUUUUAGUGGGGCUAAAAACAGACCAUUGUAUGUACCAGACCAAAAGGCCAUUGAGAACAUCUCGCAGAAAGAUUACCUUGAUGAAUCCAACAAGAAUAAUUCGGCCAUCACUCAUUUUCAUGAGAAACUGUUUAGACUUAAAUCCAUGAUGAGAACUCCCAAAGGAAAAUCCUUGGCAAUAGAACGUGAUAGAUUCAUGCAAACUUUUGUGGAUCAGAUUAAUCGUGAAUUUAGUGUCAUCUAG